AUGGCACCAGCAGAUUUAGUGUCUGGUAUUGCAGGAUGCUGUGCUAAAACAACAGUUGCUCCUUUGGAUCGAGUAAAGGUUUUAUUACAAGCUCACAAUCAUCAUUAUAAACAUUUAGGAGUAUUUUCUACCUUGCGUGCUGUUCCCCAAAAGGAGGGAUACCUUGGAUUGUAUAAAGGGAAUGGUGCAAUGAUGAUUCGAAUCUUUCCCUAUGGUGCAAUCCAGUUUAUGGCUUUUGAGCAUUACAGAACGUUUAUUACUACAAAGCUGGGAAUUUCUGGUCAUGUGCACAGAUUAAUGGCUGGAUCCAUGGCAGGUAAGAGGAGUAGUUGUGAAAACACAUCUGUGUUUCAAGAUGGAUCCCAGAAUAAGUUUUCCAUUAUAAUAUAUGAUUUUGUUUUUUGUUAUCAUAAUGAGCACAUUGUAAUCUACUUUUUCUUCACGCAAAAGGAAGGUGGUUUCCUUGGAUUUUAUAGAGGCCUGAUGCCUACUAUAUUAGGAAUGGCGCCAUAUGCAGGUGUUUCAUUUUUUACUUUUGGUACCUUAAAGAGUGUUGGGCUUUCCCAUGCUCCUACCCUUCUUGGCAGACCUUCAUCAGACAAUCCUAAUGUCUUAGUUUUGAAAACUCACAUAAACUUACUUUGUGGUGGUGUUGCUGGAGCAAUAGCACAGACAAUAUCUACCAUGCGGGAGACUCUGAAAUACGUGUAUGGACACCAUGGAAUUCGAAAAGGAUUAUAUCGUGGUUUAUCUCUGAAUUACAUUCGCUGCAUUCCCUCUCAAGCAGUGGCUUUCACAACGUAUGAACUUAUGAAGCAGUUUUUUCACCUCAACUAAAAAAAAUUGUGAUUUCCUUAAUUAAUUCUCAGAGGGAGAAAUAAAAUAUUACUUUUAUUUUGGGGAGAACAUUACUUGAAUGGGGAUAUUUACUCUGUCACAGAAAC